AUGAGUGAUCACGAAGAGAACGACGACAAAGAGCAACAAGAAGAGACUACUUCAAAUCCACCUAAAUUUGAAGACUAUUCCGAUAUGGAUAAAACUCAAAUUCCUAUCUUUGAAAAGAACGCAGGAACAGAAUGCUUUAAAAAAGGGGAUUAUUUUGAAGCCACACGUCAUUAUGCUAAAGCUGUAAUGGCGUAUUAAUUUUUGAUUAAGGAUGGAGUGGUGAAUGAUCCAGAAGAAAUGCAAAAAUUGACCUAAGAGAUAUAUCUUCCUUGCAAUCUCAAUCUAUCCCUUUGCUACAUUAAGUAAAAGGAAUAUCAAAUGGGGAAGGAUUUUGCUAAUAAGGCAUUAGAAGUUGAAGCCAGCAAUAUUAAGGGUUUAUAUAGAAGAGGAGUUUGUUUAAUGAACUUGUAAGAGUUUAAAGCAGCUGGAGAGGACUUUAAAAGAAUAUUGGAAAUUGAUCCAAAUAAUGAUGAUGCGAAAUAGGCUUGGGAACAAUUAUUAAAAAAGAAAGAGUAGAUUAAGUAGAAGCAGAAGGCAAUAAGCGAGAAAAUGUUAAACAGUUUGAGCUAUGAGGAUAAAAUUUAGAGUCAGAAAAAGAAUGAAAAAUAAGGCUGGUUUAGAGAAAAGUAUGAUUGGUUAAAAUAGAUAUUGUGUGUUAGAAAGAAGGCAAAAAAAAAUUGAUGGCUCUUUAUUAGUUUUAGAGAAUAAUAAAUAAUACUCAUUAAUUAA